CCGUGCUCAAAAUGGUGUAAAGAGGGAAAACCACAACACGCCCAUUUUUGAAUGAACAAGUAAUCUGCAGUCAACAACCUGGCUUCUUCGUAGUGAAAGGACUGCGUGAAUACUGGUUUGCAAAUUUGCACUCCCAUCCCACUAAUUCACAGGGAUUAUAGCUAACACGCUAUCUAGGCAGCGCAGCUCCAGCUAACUAUGGAGCCCUCCGACCAACAGACAGGCCCAGACUCUGGCUCUCAGGAGGUCAACCCUGUGUACCUACAGCAGCUUCGAGAGCUGGACAUCCCAGAGGAGGCUGCCAAGCAGGCACUCUUGCACACCCGAAAUGUGUCUGCUGAGGAGGCUGCCAUGUACUACUUCAACAAGCUGGAGAAUGAGGAAGAAGGAGACGACGACCUCAUGUUCAAGAUGGUGUUUGUGGUGAACAUGGACCUGGCCAUGGGUGUGGGAAAGGUGGCUGCGCAGGUGGGCCAUGCGGCCGUAGGGCUUUACCAGGCCCUGCAGGAGAAGAACAGCUGGAGGGAGAUGGCCUGGAAGUGGGACCAUGGCGGGGCGAAGAAGGUGGUGUUGCAGGGGACCAACAUGGCUCACCUUUUGGAGCUGCAGGCCCUGGCAAUGAGCCUUAGUCUGCCCACGUAUCUGGUCCAGGACGCCGGACGCACCCAGGUGGAAGCUGGCUCGCGCACCAUCCUGGCCAUCGUUGGGGAAGAGGAUAUGGUGAACAACGUCACUGGAAGUCUGAAGCUGCUCUGAGGGACUUAACCGGCUGUGGAGGUGCAGGGCCAUGUACUGCCACUGGGGCAACCAGCAGAGGGCAGCAUCCCCUAACAGCGAAAGGGUCUCAACAUGCAAGCGCAUAACAACAUAAAGAAACAAAAAAGAGGAAAAAAGAAACAACCAGACAUGACACCACCACCAAGACGAACACACUCAGCCAUUUUUUUUCUUGUUUCCUGUCCGAUCCACUGACUGGAGAAGAGAUGUACACAGAGCUGCUUAGGUUGAGAGGAAGGGACUGGUUCCCCGAACUGACCAUGUUGAUGGCAGUUUGAACAACUUUUAGUGUCUACUUGUAUCUUUUUUUUGAUUAUGGAGUUUUGCUAGUUAAGGGAAAGUCCAUUACUAUAUGAGAGAAUCAUAUCCAAUUUUUAUAAAGGUGUAAGUCCAUGACAAUCUUAAUUCCAUCUCCCAAUUUAAGAUAUGAUUUUAGCGUUUGAAAAAAAAUCAAGGAUAGAACCUAGUCUUUUGGUGAUUGUUAAAUACUGUUGUCAUAAAUUCAAGGAGCGAAAUAUGUAAUUGCAAUAUCCUUUUAGAUCCUUUAGGAUACUGCAUUUUACAUUUACAUUUAAGUCAUUUAGCAGACGCUCUUAUCCAGAGCGACUUACAAGUACAUACAUUCAUACUUUUUUGUACUGGCCCCCCGUGGGAAUCGAACCCACAACCCUGGCGUUGCAAGCGCCAUGCUCUACCAACUGAGCCACACGGGACCUACUGCUUGGGAAGAGUGCUUUACUGAUAAUUUUAUACAUCAAAGAAAUAGUAACGGUAAGGUGUAUAUGUAUACAUUCUCUUCCAAAUACCAUGUCCCUUAUAAUCUAUAACACUACAUACUGAUGUCAAAUGUCCAUCCAUUGCAUUUAUGUGCAUCUGCUUAGGCCAUAUAUAAUGUGGUGUGCCCAUUUGAGAUAAAGGGCUCAUCUUUAUCUGUGCCAUUAUAGCACUUUGACAACAUGGGCAGCGCCAUUGAGGCUAGAACCCAUAGGAAUCCCCACCCAGUUGACUACUUUGACUACUUCCAAAUGGCGGAAGCAUGGAAGCCCUCAAUGGUGCUGCCCAUGCUACAGGCUUUAGGCCGCUAGAGGUCUAUCAGUCGCUAUGGGUGUGCCAUCCUCAACGUUUCGCACAAUCACUGUUGGACUUUGUUACAUAAUUUUUGGUGUUUUUUACAUUUAUUUUAUUUUUGUGUUCUUGCAAAAAAGGAUACGGUCGACUUGAGGCUCACUGAGUUAUAAUUCCUUGACUGGGGGCUUGGCAGAAAUAACACUGUAUUUGGUGAAUAGGAUUUGAGUGUAAGGAACUCAUUGUAUGGGUCAAAAUAAGUGACAGUGCUGAUGCUUGCACAGUGCCUGAGCGCAUGUACUUUAGCUGACUAUUAUGGAUAAUAGUUUACACAAGUGAAAUAUUUGUGUAACUGCUUUGAGGGUAAAUGUGUUAGCACACUGAAGCUAGCUAGCUAAACGGUUGCGCUGUGAGUUUUUUUUUUUACCAAACCGGUACAUACAUUUUAAGAUGGCGUAGCAAAUACAGGUUAACAUUUGUUAAGGACCGCUUAAAGAAUAAUUGAUUCUUGCACUUACAGUCUUCAACAUUUGACUAACAGAUACCUAGGAUAUAUUGUAUGUUUCUGUUAAAACAACUCUUUGUUCAUUACUAUAAAACAUAAAUUGUAUUUUGUGGGCAUGAGAUUCCAUUUGGGACCAUAAAUGGCUCCGAAGUCUUACUAAAUAUGGAAAAGGCUUAUAUGAAUGAUUUAAAUGGAAAUUACAUGACUUGCAUCUAACAGUUACUCAAAUGAAAUGUUUUUUUAUUAUUUGUGUUAGAGACCAUGCAAAACCCCAUGGCUGCAUCCAUGUUAAUGUGUUAGGGCUUUGAUACCUUCCAGUGUUACAAGCAUUUGUUCAUAUUAAAACCAAGGAGACAAUUAGAAAUGACUCCUGACCAAGUGAA